AUUAUGGAUGAAAUUGUGACGGGAAAUGUUGCAAAAUUAGUGAAUCGUCUAAGUCGAGAUUUUUCUGCAAAUCGCAAUUCUGAAAUAAAUUUCAGGAAGUCAAGCAAUUUUGCGAAGAUCGCUACAGUCCGAUUUUCAUAUAAAGGUGCACAUGAUGAUGAACUAGAUCUUGAAGUAGAUGAUGUGUUAGAAGUUAUUGAAGAUGCCGAGCCGGGUUGGAUGAAGGGUAAAUUGCGAAGCACUGGUCGUGUUGGUCUUUUCCCAACUAAUUUCGUUCAGACAUCAACGAGUGAAUUAAUGAAAGGACGCGUCUUUCCUGGAGCUUCAAUAAGUGGAAAGUUGGAUCAAGAAAAUAUUCACAUUAAUUUCCAUGAAAAAAAUAUACCGAAAAACGAAGAAUUUGAUCCACGUCCUCAAAAAGAAAUGGCUCGAGUUUUGUACACAUAUAAACCAUGUCACGAUGAUGAACUGGCUCUUCAAGAAGUGGGGGCAAUGGUAACAAUUGUCAGUAAAACAUGUGCUGAUCCGGGGUGGUAUCUUGCUGAAAUCGAUGGUAAGGAAGGACUUAUCCCAGAUAAUUUUGUGGAACUCAUUAGGCCUUCGACAUCUAUCACUGAUGCUCAUAGGGUUGCUAUUAUUAUUAUAAAAAAUAAUUUUUUAUUAAAAUUUUUACUGAAUGAGGAAGGAAGCAUCGAAUCGCAUGGUAAUGAACGUCUUUCACAUAUUACAAUAAAUCGUCCAAAACAGCCUAAUAAGCGUCCACCAUCAACCGUUUUUAUUAAAAGAGUAAGUUUUUUAAAAAUUUUUCGAAGCUAA